AAAGAUUCUUCCUCUCUGCUAUCCCUCCCAGGGUGUCCAUCAUUUGCGUCACCCAAACGGACAUUGAGCUGCGCGUGCGCAAUGUGCAAUGUAAAAGUGCUUGGGCACUUCCGGCUCGCCUCAUUCGCGAAACAGAACAGUGGCUAGGCUCGUAAUGGCUUGAAAGAGCCAAACAUUAUAUAAAAUAAGAGGUAAGUUCUCUCUAUUAGAAGAAUCAACUUGAAAGAGUGAAGAGAAACGAUGGCGUGUGCAAUGAUACCUCUUGAUGAACAACAGGUGACAGAGGCUACUGGGCCUCUGGGAAAGGAGCGCACCCUGCCAGCCCUGCAUCCAGACAGGAAGGAGGAGCGGUGUUUUGUGACUUAUAAGCCCCCUCCCGAGGACAGCUCCCCUGCUCAGGUGGAGGAGUACCUGGAGCAUGGCAAGUUCAUCACUGAGGACCUGGACUGGCUGCUGGCCCUGCGACAUGAUAAAUUCUGGUGCCAGGUGGUAUUUGAUGAGUCAUUGCAGAAGUGUCUGGAUUCCUACCUACGCCACUCCCCUCGGGGAUUAGACCCCUCCUCCUUGCCCUCCUCCCCGGCUGUUGCUGACAUGCAGCGCUGCAUCCACCGAGCCGUCUUUAUGACCUUCCUCAGAAUGGCCACGCACAAGGAGUCCAAGGAGAGCUUUAUAACUCCGACUGUGUUCGGAGAGAUCAUUUACAACAACUUCCUGUUCGACAUUCCCAAGAUCCUUGACCUGUGUGUUCUGUUUGGGAAAGGAAAUGCCCAGCUGCUCCAUAAGAUGAUAGAAAACAUCUUCACUCAGCAGCCGUGUUACUAUGGAGACCUGGAUGAGGCUGUUCUCUCAGUCCUACAGGUGUUAGACACUAUCCUUGCUAAGUGUGGUCUCCAGUGUGAAGGAGCCACUGCCAUCGAGCCUCUGAAGCUCAGCUCAUCCGGCCGACCCACCGCCAUGACCAUGAGUCAACAGGACCUAGUGGAUUUGGUGCUGUAUCUGUGUGACACCUGUACCACCAUCCAGGCCUUCCUGGACAUCUUCCCUGCUGCCUGCUCCACCUUUCACUGUCACAGCUUCCUCAACAGACUAGCCUCAUUCUACGAGGUGGCUGUGCCUGACAUAGAGAAGGCUGUGAGGAAAAGAAACUUUGACGACGACAGUCUCCAGGAGGACCUGUGGAGGAGGGUGUGUCACGCCCGGAGGAGGAUGGUGGAGAUGGCACACCUGCUGCUACAACACACCUGCCUACAGCCCAUACUAGAGGGCUCCGAGAACAUUCAGACAUUUGUGGAGGAACUCCUGCAGCAUUUCACUACUUUCCUACCAGAGAAGAGGUUCCUAUUAGACUACGAUGAGCAGUUCCCCAUAGCUGAUGAUAUCAGUCUUCUACAGCAGGCCUUUCCUCUCCUAGAUGAGACUAGGACAUCAUAUCUGCUCCAGGGGGUGGAGGAUGCCUGGGAUAGCAUCGGCCGGAGGAGAACCCAGGACAGACCCCAGCAGACACACUCCUCUGCCGGGCUGAGUGGCCAGGAAGUAGAGGUCGGGGCAGGGGCCUGGGGGGGAGAGAUGGGGAUCAGAGAGCCAGGGGAAGGAGGGGAGACCCCCAGAGGAGCAGAGUCCAUGUGGGAUACGCCCCAUAAAGGAGACAACGGUGCUGCGUGUACGAUCAGUGCGGGGGAGCUGGAGUCUCUGUUAACCCACAUCAGAGACCUGCUACCAGACCUGGGAGAGGGAUUUCUACUGGCCUGUCUCCACCAGUACAACUAUAGCUCUGAAUUGGUCAUUAACUACAUCCUAGAGGACAGACUACACCCUGACCUGGACAAACUGGAUAGAGCCAUGCCCAGGCCGGUAAAGGAGGAGCUUCCUCCUGUACUCAGCACCAGGUCCAACGUGUUUGACGAUGAUGAGUUUGAUGUCUUCAACAGAGACCAGGUGGACAUGACUCGCGUCUGGAAGGGCCGGAGGAAAGGAGAAAGUGUGCGGGACCUGCUUAAUGACAAGCAGCACAUAGCAGAGCAGAAGGAACGCUACCUGACCUAUGACACUGUGGUGGAUGAGGUCAUCGUGACUCCCAGCGAAUCAGGAGCCAUUGACAAUCUGAACGAUUAUGAUGAUGAGUAUGAUGACACAUAUGACAUCAACCAAGUAGGAGCCAAUGAUCUGGACGGAGACUCCAACCUGCUCAACCGCAGGCCGUUCACCAUCCCUCAGGUCCUACGGCAGGGAGGCAGACCACAGAUGCAGGAGGAGAACAUAGAGGAGGAAGAGGACGAGAAGGAAGACGCUGUGAAGAGAGACCAGUUUGUUCAGGACCCAGCUCUGCUGAGAGAGAGGGCAGAGGCCAGGAGAGCUACCAUGCAACACAGGAAGGGGUACCGUCCGGAGCCUGCCAGAGAGAGAGACGUGGUGGGUAAACCUAAAGGCCAGGGCCAGUCAACAGAGACCCUUCUGGACCGACGCAAGAAGGAGGCCCACAAGAGCAGGGGAGCCAACCACAACCGCAGGGCUAUGUCCGACCGCAAGAGGAACAAAGGAAUGAUCCCCUCCUGAUAGGUGUUGCCAUGGAGACAACCAACUGACCUAGCGGACGGUGCGUACAAGACGGGACGACGUGGAAAGGAAGGAGAGAGAAAGAUCAUCUGGGCUCAAAGGUCAUGAGCCCUGAUUGAUGUCCCCUCCCAGAGUCUUCUUCAUCAGUCAGAUUCUUUCUACCGGGAUUCACCGACCAGGCCAUUUUUAUAGGCCUUUUUCUGUUCUCUUUUAGCAAAGACAUUCUAGUUUUCCAUUUUCUAUCGCAAAGGGACACCAAUGAUUAGUUCCAUAACAGAACUUUGGUUGCCAAGUGGCCUGUUGGUGGAAUGUUUAGAGACACAUUUGAAUGGUUUAGUUUCAGUUGUUUAGUCCAAUAUUGUAGAUUGAUUCAGUUAAACCAAAGUGCUGACUGAAUGACAAGAGAUUUAUUUUUGCCAUGUAACAAAUCCAUUUAUUAAGAUUUGGAGUGAUGGAAUCAUUAGCUUUGACAUGGUCAUCAAAUGAACAAGGAACAUAUGAGAGCGAGGAGACUCCAAUAGGACGAGAGAACCAGUGCGACCGGCCUGACUGUCAGACUGAAACCACUGUCUGCUGGAUCUAGAAGAACAAUGAAUGUCAGUUAAAUACAGGACUAGACAUCAAAAUGACAGGCAGGCCAGGACCAGGGGUGGCAGCGUGUGUGUGCAAUGUCUGAACGAAGUGAGAGUGUCUGUGGUAGUUAAUAUCUCCUCACCCAGCCAAUCCCCCCACCCACCAUGGUUCAGCCUCAACCCAAAAAGUGAGCUGCUAUAACAACAGUCGUGUGUGUGUGUUUGGAAGUGCAGCCUAAGAGGCCAAAUGUCCCUCAGACAGACAUCGAACAGCUUCUAGAGGCUUCUGACUCGCCAUGCACAACUACUUUAUAACAAGAGAAUCCUAUAGAAAGAUCUAUAAGAGCAUUUUUGUACAACAACAAAAAAUUACAAUUUGCUUUUUGAAGUUCUCUUUAAAAACAAACAAAAUAAAUACAUUUAAUACUGUGGUUAGAGCUUUUCCGUGGGAACUGAGUGUUGACUUUAAAGUGUUCUAGUGGCAACAUAAUACCAUAGGAUGGUGAAAGAUGGAAACUGCAGCUAUAUUUCUAUAGUGAUUAGCUGAUGUGAAUACUCUAAAUGCUUCUUACCAUUUCCCUAUAAGGUGUUGCUAGAUUUUUUUAAAUUUAAUUUAUUUAACCUUUUAUUUAAUUAGGCAAGUUAGAUAAGAAAAAUUCUUAUUUACAAUGAUGGGAUGUGGUUGAGUGAAAGUGGUUGAAGUGUGAUUCCAUUUGACCUUUCCAUACUAUACACAUUGGUUAGCCAAGGUAAAGUAUUUUUCAGUUCUACAAGGUCACUGGUUUAUAAUAAAAUAAUUUAAGGACUACAAAGGAUUAAUAUAACAUAAGUACUGUCAAGUAGUACACUCUAAGUGCGGCUGUGUUUGUAACAUGCUGUGUCUGUCUCUGUACAGCUACUCUGGUUAUCUGGUAUUUACCUCACAGAGCAGUCUCUCUACAGAGUUGAACAAAUGUAGGGGUAACAAUUUAAUUCUUACCCCUACAUAAUUAAUCCCUGCCCUUAUUCAUAUUAAUUCAGAAUUAACACAAACUUUGAAAUUGGACUCGAGUACACAAUAAGUCUGGAUGAAAUUAGUCCAUCUACACAAAUUUAAAUUCACUUUUGAGAUUAUACUGACCCUGUGAUAUGGUGGAAUAUGGGCCCCACAUGACCAGAUGUGUUUUGAUGCCAGUUAGCAACACACUGUUAUUCAUGCUUUGUACCAUGUUGCAUUUAACAUCCAUGCAAAUAUACCUAGCUAUAUCUUAUUUUUUCACAUUAAAA